AUGGAGCAUGAAAUACGAGAAUUUCUGGAAGGGAUCGACGCAUUUUGCGGUGAACAGUAUUGGGAUCCAACGGUCUUCGAUGCGUCAAAUGUACCGAUUCUCAGCCGAUGCUAUCAGCAUACGACACUUGUUUGGUUUCCGACUAUCAUUCUGUUCUUGCUCUCCCCAUUUCUGACUGCUCAAAUCUUCUACCGUCGCCUCAACCCAAUCCCAUGGACGAAUCGACUUCAGAUGAAAGUCGGAAUCUCGACCAUUUUGAUUGCUGAUUCUUUAUCAAUGCUUGCUGUUCCGAUUUACCAAACGAUAUUCCACAAACCACCGUACCUCGUUGAUUUCUUCUAUCCGAUCACAUUAUGUCUGGCAAUGACUGUUCUUACGACUUUCAUUGUGUCCUUUCGCAACUAUGGAAUUCGGACAUCUGGUGGAAUUUUUAUCGGUUGGCUUGUGUUUACGCUUUCUGCUGUUCCGGAACUUCUUUAUUGGAUUCAGAAGACUUCAAACUCAACAGAAGAGUGGGAGUGGUUUGAUUAUCCAAGAUGUGUAGCCUUUUCUAUUUGGUUCGUCUGCUGCUGUAUAGAAACGUAUCUUCAUUGUUAUGCUGAUGUUUUCACGAAUGGCUACAAAGAAUUGAAUGCUCCACGAAAUCCUAGUCCUGAAACUACUUCCUCGUUUCUCAACCGAAUAACAAUGUGGUGGUUUGGUGCCCUGUGCCGGCUGGGAGUGAAGAAACCGUUGGAGAUUUCUGAUUUGUAUUCACUCAAUGACGAUGACACUUCCGGCUCGUUGGUACCAAAGUGGCUUUAUUUGUGGAACAGACAAAGCAGAAGGAUAGCAUCGUCACAUGGGAAAUUUUCAGAUGAUAGCAAACCAUUGCUUAACGAUGCAGAAGAGUACGAAUCAUUCCCUACAAAUCAACAUCAACUCCGCAUACCAUCAAUCAUCUGGACCCUUUUUCUGAUGUUUAAGUGGGAUGUCAGCAUGGCGAUGUUCGUCAAGUUCCUUUCGGAUAUUUUGCUCUUCUGUAACCCAAUGCUUCUGAAAACUUUAAUUCGCUUCACUGAACAGCUGGAUCGUCCCAUGUGGCAAGGAGUUGUUUUGGCAUUCGCCAUGUUUUUCUCGGCUGAACUGUCUUCAAUCCUCUUAUCUCACUACUACUACCUCAUGUUCAGAGUUGGAACUAGAGUUCAAACCUGUCUAACAGCAGCAGUCUACCGAAAAACACUUCGAUUAUCAAACGCUGCUCGUCGAGAGAAAACUGUUGGAGAAAUUGUCAACCUUAUGGCUAUUGAUGUGGAUCGUUUCCAGCAAAUCACACCUCAAAUCAUGCAAUAUUGGUCCAAUCCCCUUCAAAUUGGGCUGGCUCUUUUCUUCUUGUUUCAGCAACUUGGAGUGUCCGUAUUCAGUGGUGUCGCAGUUAUGGUUCUUCUGUUUCCUAUCAACUUUGCAAUCACCAUGGUCAUCCGAAAAUGGCAAAUAGCACAGAUGUACUACAAAGAUGAGCGUACCAAGAUGGUGAACGAGGUUCUAAAUGGAAUCAAAGUCAUAAAAUUGUACGCGUGGGAACCGCCAAUGGAAAAAGUCAUCGAAGAUUUGAGAGAAAAGGAAUUGGGUUUCAUCAAGAAAGCAGCUUUCUUAAGAACGUUCUCUGACAUGCUGAACUGCGCAUCACCAUUUCUUGUCGCCGUAUCCACUUUUGCGACUUUCAUUUACAUUGACCCAAAGAAUAUAUUGACUCCGGAAAUCGCAUUUGUUUCUCUGACACUCUUCAAUCAACUGCGCUCACCAAUGUCACAAGUCGCUGAACUCAUCACUCAAACCGUACAAGUAAUUGUGUCAAACAAAAGACUGAAAGAGUUCCUAAUGUCUGAAGAACUUAACGACGAGGCGAUUGAUCAUAGAGGACGGGACAACGAUGACGUCAUAAAUGUUAAGAAUGCUACACUUUCAUGGGAGUCCACAGACAAUGAACCAGUUCCAAGCCUUCAUAAUAUCAGCUUCUCUGUUAAUCGAGGACAAUUAGUAACUAUCGUGGGACGUGUUGGUGCUGGAAAGAGUUCAAUGCUUCAAGCGUUGAUGGGUGAAAUGGAAAAACUGAGUGGAUCUAUUGCAAUGCAUGGUCGCCUAUGCUAUGUACCACAACAACCAUGGAUUCAGAACAACACCGUCCGGCAAAAUAUUACAUUCGGAAAGCAGUUCAAUGAGUACUUCUAUACUCGUGUUUUGGAUGCAUGUGCACUUCAAGUUGAUCUCCUCAUUCUUCCACAUGGAGACAACACGGAAAUUGGAGAAAAAGGAAUCAACUUGUCCGGUGGUCAAAAAGCGCGCAUCUCACUGGCUCGUGCUGUUUAUCAAAAUCAUGAUAUCUACUUGCUGGAUGAUCCUAUGAGUGCAGUCGAUGCUCACGUUGGAAGUCAGCUUUUCAGUUCGGUUAUUGGACCUGAUGGUAUACUCCGCAACAAAACACGAAUUUUAGUCACAAAUGAGUUGUCCUAUUUGGAGAAAUCCGAUCGGAUAAUUGUUAUGAAUGGCGGCAAGAUUGAGUAUGAAGGAAAGUAUCGUGACCUUAUGCAACAAGGUGCUUUCGAACAAUUAGUCAUGGAAUGUGCGAAGGAAGAGAAAGAGAGGCGGGCAACCGAACGAUCACAAGAUGAUGAAGACAACUGCUCGGAACCGAGAGGACACGGCGAAUCUGACUUCGAAUAUGAAGAUGAUGUGAUGGGUUCUCCUAUUCUUGAUCAUGUACUGGGUGUCAGUCAUAUGUCAACAGUAUCGGGAAUCAUCAAUCGACGUCAUUUGAGCACCUCCUUCUCAAAACAACAUCACCGCCAUCUUUCCACCAAGUCUCGCACUCCAUCUGUCGCUUCCAACACAAUGAACACUCGUCAAUUAACAGGAACUGAGAGAGUCGAAACCGGAAGAGUCAAAAUGAGCACCUACUACAAAUACUUUGGAGCAAUGGGGAUGCCAAUUGCUAUUACUUUUGUAUUUGGAAUGACGAUCAGUACAGUAAUCUCGAUGGGGAGAAACUUAUGGCUUACCGACUGGUCAAACGACAACACUCGAUCGGAAAAAGAGUUGGGUGGUCAAACAAUUGGAGUUCGUCUUGCAGUGUACGCUGGUCUUGGAUUCUCUGAAAUCAUUUUGCUCUUCAUCGGAAUGUUGUCCUUACUUUAUGGAGGUGUCUCUGCAUCCAGAAACCUUCAUGCUCCUUUGAUGCGUAAUUUAUUCCGAGUUCCAAUGGCCUUUUUCGACACCACGCCGUUUGGCAGAAUAUUGAAUAGGAUUGGAAAAGACAUCGAAACCGUCGAUGUUCUUCUCCCGUUCAAUGUGCAAUUCUUUGCUCAAUGUCUACUUCAAGUCGUCUCAACACUGAUCAUUAUCAUGAUUUCGACACCAGUCUUCGGUAUCGUCAUUAUUCCAUUAUCAUUGAUGUAUCUGAUGGUUAUGCGGUAUUACAUUGCCACAUCUCGUCAACUGAAACGAUUGGAAUCGAUCACUAGAUCCCCCAUCUACAGUCAUUUGUCCGAGUCGAUUCAAGGAUCAGCAACAAUUCGUGCCUAUCAACUCACCGAUCGCUUCUGCAAGUUAUCCGAAGCUAAAGUUGACUCGCACGUUCAAUGCCGUUACCUUAACUACGUUGCAAACCGUUGGUUGUCCGUGCGAUUAGAGUUCAUCGGAAACUGUAUUGUACUUUUCUCUGCUCUAUUUGCUGCUCUCACUCGAUCAACAACAACUUCAGGCGUGAUUGGUCUUUCAGUCUCGUACGCUUUGAACAUCACCACUGUUCUCAACUUUGCCGUUCGUCAAAUUACAAAACUAGAGACGAAUAUUGUAUCUGUUGAACGUGUGAUGGAGUAUUCUGAAACUGAAACUGAAGCAGAAUGGAAAUCGGAAUCCGAAAAAGAACCUCCACAAAACUGGCCAUCCGAAGGUCGAAUUGUUUUAAACAACUAUUCCGCUCGCUACCGUGCUGGACUCAGCCUGGUUAUAAAGCAGCUCAACGUGGAAAUCAAACCUCACGAGAAAAUAGGAAUUGUUGGUCGUACGGGUGCCGGAAAGUCUUCAGUUACUCUCUCGCUAUUCCGAAUUGUUGAAGCUGCUGAGGGACAGAUUACUUUGGAUGGAAUCAACAUCGCUGACAUUGGACUUCAUGAUUUACGAUCUAAUCUGACAAUUAUUCCUCAAGACCCUGUCCUGUUUUCGGGAACUUUGCGUUUCAAUUUGGAUCCAUUCCAUCACUAUUCAGACAACCAGAUCUGGCGAAGUCUGGAACAAGCAAACCUCAAAGAUUUUGCUAUUGGUCACGAGGAGAAGCUAGAUUAUGUUAUCACUGAAGGAGGAGACAACAUCAGUGUUGGACAACGUCAACUAGUCUGUCUGGCUCGUGCUCUUCUCCGUAAAACACGAGUAUUGAUAUUGGACGAAGCAACUGCUGCUGUUGAUGUCUCCACCGAUGCGCUAAUUCAGAAAGCUAUUCGCGAAGAGUUCGCUAACUCUACUGUCCUCACCAUCGCUCAUCGUUUGAAUACUAUCAUGGAUUAUGAUCGAAUCAUUGUCUUGAAUGACGGCAGAGUCGGAGAGUUUGACAGUCCAGAAAAUCUGUUGGCCGAUCGAAACUCGGAGUUUUACUCAAUGGCAAGACAAGCUGGACUCAUCUAA